AUGAUUUUGAUACGGACGAAAAUCGCGGUCGGCAUCCUUUUCGGGUUCCUGCGGUUCUUCUUCGGCAUGCUGCCUGUUAAACUCUACAAGAUCCUGCAGCACUGGGAGGGAGCAUCAGUCGACUCGAACACCUUCGUCAAUCACAGGAGACACGAGCAGGUAACGUGCUGGAUAACGCUGUGCCAGUCUUUCGGAGGAGGUGUCCUUUUCGCGACGUGCUUCUUACACAUGAUGAUCCAGCUGUUCGUGUCGGUCGAAGACUUGAAGAACUCGAGCGGCGUGGAGUCCCGUUACUACCCCCUCUCCCAGCUUACGUUGUCCGUAGGAUUUUUCUGCGUCUACUUUCUCGAAGAAUGGUCCCACUGGGUGGUCGAGCAGAAAACCGACCAUAUGCUCGCCACCAAGACGUUCGAGAAGAUCGCCACGAGUAUGUCGAAGUGUUCGACUAAAAUUUCGGCCACCGAUUGCAAUGGCGAUACUCCAAACAGAGCGACGCGUGACAACAACAGAAAAAUCGAAGACUCGGAAAAGGAAGAAACGCCGUCAGAUGAGGAACUCAAAAUGAAACACCAAGAGCAAUUGAUGCGGGCCAUCCUCACGAUCAUAGCGCUGUCGUUGCACUCGGUCCUCGAAGGCCUGUCCAUAGGGCUGAAAAGCCGGAUCUCCGAAAUAUGGUAUCUUUCGGUGGCGGUGAGUAUCCAUUCGGCGUCCAUUUUGUUUUGCAUAGGAUUGGAGCUGCUGCUGGCCAAAAACAAGAUCAGGUUCAUAGUGCUACAAGUCAGCGUCUUAGCGCUUGCCAGCCCGUUGGGCAUUUUCCUGGGAAUAUUUUUCGCCGUGGAGACUCCGACCGAAGAGACCACCAAGUGUGUCGUGGCAGUCCUGCUGGAGGGUUUGGCGUGCGGCGCCAUAUUGCACAUAACCCUGUUUCAAGUUUUGAGCAGGGAGAAGCAGAGAAAGGUGUACCGGCUACGGAGGAGCUUCUGCAUGGUCUCCGGUUUCGUGCUGAUGACCGUUUUACAGUACGUCGAGAUGAAUUAUUCCGACGAACAUUUGAAAAUUGUCAUCAAGACGUUGAACUAUACUCGUUCGAACUGA